AUGAACAGUGGAAGCAAGACCAUUUCAAAAAAAAACUCUGCAGGUUCGGCAUCAGAGACCGGUACGGGCCCGGCACAGGAGGAUACCCCCAGAGAUGUGCGUCUUCUGCACUUGCUGCUGGCAUCGCAGUCGAUUCACCAAUAUGAAGACCAGGUGCCACUACAACUAAUGGACUUCGCACACAGAUACACCCAGGGCGUUCUUAAGGAUGCGUUGGUUUACAACGACUACGCUGGCAGCAGCAAUACUGCGGGCAGUAGCCUCGGUGUGGAGGACAUACGGCUUGCCAUCGCUGCCAGGACACAAUACCAGUUCAAACCUACCGCGCCCAAAGAGCUUAUGUUACAAUUGGCUGCAGAGAGGAACAAGAAAGCCCUACCGCAAGUCAUGGGUACGUGGGGUGUGAGGCUGCCUCCCGAGAAAUAUUGUCUCACAGCAAAGGAGUGGGACCUCGAGGAUUCGGAGUCUACGUGA